AAGCACGUUGGGGGCACCCCUCGAAGAUCCGUACAUCGAUCUUCGAUCAGAAAGUCGUGAUUUAAACUAAAACAAAAAAAUAGUGUCCAUCUUCUCAACUUUCCUAAGAGAUAUCUUAGUGAUCACAUUCCAGCGCUAUUCUUCUCUCCUUAAUCAAACAGUCAUGAAGUGCAAUAACGCAGUUCUGCUUCUCGUUUCCGCAACAGUCGUCGCAGUUUUCUCAGGUCAAGCGUUUGGCAUGCCUCCAGCUCAGUGCAGUCCUGGGCUUUUGGAUGAAGUUCCACCAAGGAUUCGCAAGGUUUGCGCAGCUCUCUCCACAUUAUACGAACUAGGAACUGCGAUGGAAAACUACAUCGAUGAUAAAGUUUCAGUUCUCCACGAGAGUAUUCCUCUUCCCGACAGUGGCGUCAAGCGUCAGGAUGUUGAUCACGUUUUCCUACGUUUUGGAAGACGGCGCUAGGAAACUUUGGCAAACUAAAUGACGAUGAUUCCUCAGAGGACAAUCUUCGCAGGAACCAUCAUAAGAAGUCCAGUUCGUGAUGCAAUAAAAUCCUUUACUCCCAAUUCUUUAUCGCCUAAAAGAGAGGAGUCAUUUCGAUCCCGUUAAUAAUCUCUUCCGUGCGAUUGCUUAUAAGUUGACCGUUCGGUCGUUUCGUCAUUUCGACGAGUCGACGCUACGGACGCAGUUCGACAGCUGACGAAUGGUCUCCAUCCGCAAAAUAUUACAAUUAAGAUCAAAAUUUAAAAAAGAAACUGAUUCUGAUUGCAAAUUCUCGCUCUGCAUUUCUGAUGCGCUGGUAUAAAUGUCCGCAUAGAAAGACAAAGCAAUUGCCUUCGCGAACGAUCUUGAUGAUGACGGCGCCUAUGAGAUUCACCCUCCUCGAGCCGCCAAUAAAAGUCUGAUUAGAAUAAAUGCAGGAUUCGGCGUCCUUGAAUUUCCUUUAACUUUUUUUGCUUUGUAAUAUAAGUAAAUUCGACUUUUCGAGACGCAUUACCUGCUCGCUCGUCAUUUUUUAUUUAUGCACUCCAAAUUUCUGACCCUUCCUUUUAAUUCAUGACAUUUUUGAUUAUAAUCUUAUUUCUUCUUUCGUUUAUUUUUAAAUUGAUGUUUUUGAGCAAGAUUAGUCCCCUUGUACAGCUUGAUGAAUAAAUAGAGGGUCAACCGAAAAGAGUCAAGCUAAACUGAGGCUGAUCUAACGCAAAUUUAAUCUAUAUCUGAUUAAACUAGGGAGAGAAGGUGAUAAUAUCUGACAGUUCAGUCCAGUCGAAUAGUAAUUUCGACCUUUUUCGAAAUCGACCAUCUUAACUUUUCAGAAAAGCUUUACCUGGAUAAAAAAAGUACUUAUCAAAACUACACAGAAUUCCAUGCAUGUGAAAAAAGUUAUCUGAAAGGUGUUUCCAACUAUAACUUUGACACCAUAAAACGAACAAUUUCAACUCUGUUUAAUGUUUACAAAUUCCCUUCCAGAUUUAGUACUUUUAUAGCGAUCUUCAGUACUUAAUGAAUAAUGCACGAACUAGGGAAAUAACUUUACAUUCAGUACACGAAUUUUUGGCAUUGUAUUAGAUCGAGUAAGAGAACGUGCUUAAUCUUUUUAAAUGAUUCAAGUUUUGACAGAGCAUUGAAUAAUAGUUCCUGGAAAACCCUUUUUUCAAGAUUCAGAUAAAAAAUCAGCUGCCAAAAUCGAAUUCAUAAUCCUUCACAGUUUAUAUUAUUCAGAAUUGAAAUUUAAAAAAGUUGAAUUUUUACAUUUGUGUCCACUUCAUUGACCGAUUUUGUAAUGAUAAUUGAUACAGACGCGACAUGAAGUCCAUACUUGGAUUUUACGUAAUAACGUGAGUCAAGUCACUUUUGUCUGCAUUUAGAGCCUGUGGGAAUACAUAUUAAGUUUGAAUAAGCGUUUCCGUUGUGAUUUACACACCCACAUGUGUCAAAAAAUAAUUGGAAUUGCGAAUGUCACUGCUUCGCUUCCGUCAAAUGUCUGAUUUACUCACAAGCGAAGAAAAGAUAUUGCAUAAAAUCUUUCAAAUUUCAGAGAAUAAAAAGCUUUUGAAAAUAUAACGAAAUUCCUUUAUAACGAAAUUUCCGUUCGCCGUAAUAUUUACUGUUACUUAGUAAUGUUUUUUAUGUUGAUGAAAUAUAAAACGAUAUAUGUUCGCCUAAUCAGAAGUGUUAUUUCUGCAAACAAAAGUGCUUUGAAAGUUGUAAAUAACAUUAAAAAUUAUUGUUUCUUGCAGUCAUUAUUUUUCACUCGAAUAAAACCAUAACAAUCGAAUCUAUAAAAUAGAGGCUUUACUGCAUAUUUUAACGAAGUGGAGUUAUUAUUGAAUAAUAAAACCUUUAGGAAAACUUAAAGUACUAACAGCCGUGGAAUAAUGUGUGAGAAUACAGAGUGUUGGAAUUAUUAAAAUGGGAGAGGAUAUAAAAAAUGUGUCUAAUUUUUAAUAAUUCAAUAUUAUGCUUGUCAAGAAUGUUCAAAAUUAUAAAGGAUAUUCAAUAUUUUUCUUUUGAAAUAAAGUACACUAAAUCAAAUUUUCACGCAUAAAAUUAGACCUAUAUUUAACAUAGAAUAUCUUUUCUUGGGAACCUUUCAUUAGAGAGAAUCAGAGUUAAUUCUAAAUACAGAUUAAACUUUUUAGAAAUUAGACUUACCAAAAAAGAAAUCAAGAAUUAAUCCAAAAAUUCUAUUUGAUGU